AUGUACCAACAUUCGCACAGCGGCUUUGACCAGACACAAACCCAGAGCGCACCCAUUUCGCCGGCAAUUGCGCACUAUGAAAAACCCAACAUCAAGUACCAAAACCUGCAGCAGCUCCAACAAGCCGUGCAAGCAGCCAACGGUGGUGCGCGUCCGCAGAUGUAUGGCCAGCAAAUGCCAGUACCCCAGCUGAUUUAUCCGGCUCAGCAACAGGUGGCGCUUCCAGGCCAGUCACCGCUUUCGGCGCCCUCAAAUAUGCCGAUACCAAUGACUAUUCCGGAACCUAUGCCGAAGCAAAAUCAUAAUCGGUUUCAGCAGGGAUUUCUUUCUGGGCAGCAGAGCCCCCAGGCGUACUCGCAUUCGCCCCAAAAUCAGAAUCUGUAUACGUUGAAUCUUCCGCAACAUUCACCACAACAGCAACAGCAACAGCAACAACAGCAAUAUCCGCAGAGGUACCCGAGCCGGCAGUCGUCGCAUUCUAGGCCUCAGUCGAGACCCCAUUCGAGACCUCAUUCGCGCCCCAGCUCGCCGCAGCAACCCCCACAGCAGCCCCAGCAACAUCAGCAGCGGCUUCACAAAGCGGGCAUGGCCGGGGCUCCGCAGAUGAUCGGCGGCAUGACGGCUGGCAUCCAGGUGUCACCAUGGAUUAGACGUCCGUCAGCUGAUGCGUACGUUUCUCAGGGCCAGUUUCAGAUUGCGUACUUGCGGUAUAAAGAGCGCCGCCACAACCGCACAAAGUAUACAAACUUGAUUCACUGUCUCGAGCCUGUCAACCUGAUUAAUAAGGUUGCUGGUGCUUCGGCUCACAAUGCGAUGCUCCCGCUUAAGGGUAAUUUGUAUCCGCUGUAUAAGGCUAGCGAGGACUGGAUUGCACCUGAUGUCGGUCUGCCACUCGAAAACAAGCCUGGGUACCAGUGCCUCAUGUACAUUGUUGAUGGCACGUUGCUCUACGACAAUGGUUUCGGCGGCGAAAAGAUUUUGAGCAAGGGUACCGUGCAUUUGUCAUCGACCAACCGCGACGCGUCAAUAUACGUGCGCAAUCCGAGCAAGACUCACCGCGCGCAUAUCAUGCGUCUAUGGAUAGAUUCCGCCCUGGACCACGCCAAGGACCCGACAUUGGCCGCCGACAACCAUGCGGAUGCGAGCCGUGGAGGGCGAGCAGAAAUCCGGCAUGAGAUCCGGCAUGUCGCAGAUUCAGACAAGCAUAAUUACUUACUGGCUGUCGCGCAACCCUCCAACUUCCGUCCGUCUACGGAAAUACCGACCAGAUAUACGGCCCAGUGA